AUGGCCUCCAUUGACCUUCAGAUCCUGGGACUCGUCCUGACGCUGCUCGACUGGGUGAAUGCCCUGGUGUCCUGCACCCUGCCCAUGUGGAAGGUGACCGCCUUCAGCAGCAGCAGCAUCACGGUGGCCCAGGUCAUGUGGGGAGGGGCUGGCCAGAUGCAAGGCGUACGACUCGACUCGCUGCUGUCCCAGAACCUGCAGGUUGCCUGUGCCCUCUGCGUCAUCCCCCUCCUGGUCGCCCUGCGUGGCCUGCAGGUCUACAUCACAGGGGCCAAGUGUACCACGUGUGUGGAGGACAAGGAUGUCAAGAUUCGUCUGAUGCUCACCUCCGGGAUCAUCUUCAUCAUCUCAGGUAUGCUGGCUUUCAUCCUGACCUGCUGGACUGCCAACUCCAUCAUCCAGGACUUUUACAGCCCCUUGGUGGCUGAGGCUCAGAAGAAGGAGCUGGUGCCUCUGGCCUGUUGUUGCUAG